AACACCACGUCCGUUUCCGGUUUAUCGGGACACGUCACUUAUUCGACCGAGGAAAAGGAUUCGUGCAACAAAAACCUGAGUAAUUUUCUGCUAAUUAGACGGCCAGAAACAUGUCCAACUCAGUGAUAUCUGUUAUUUCUCGGUUUCUGGACGAGUACGGCACCACGACGCCCAACAAACUCAAAGUGGUGGACGCAUAUCUGCUGUACAUCUUGUUAACUGGAGCCCUGCAGUUCCUCUACUGUCUCCUCGUCGGCACCUUUCCAUUCAAUAGCUUUCUCUCGGGCUUCAUCUCUUGCGUGGGCUCUUUUAUUCUCGCAGUGUGUCUUCGUAUCCAGAUCAACCCACAGAACAAAGGAGAUUUUCUGUCCAUCUCCCCAGAGAGAGCCUUCGCCGACUUCCUGUUUGCUCACACCGUCCUCCAUCUCGUUGUGAUGAAUUUCAUUGGCUGAGGCAAACAUAUCACGACGAGAAGAAGUUAUUAAACUCCCCGCUGAUCUGGACUAUCCCAUCCUCACCGAAUAAGUCGGAUCUGGUCACAUACGAUGCAGUGCUAUUUUUUUUUUUCUUUUCUUUCUACUUUUAUGGAAACAUUUUUUAUGUAAACAUUUGUCCAGCAUUCCGUUUUUUGCACUGACACAAAGAAAUAAAAAGAACUGAAAUGGUAGCCUUGUUAAACAGUGGUUGACUCUA